AGGGACACACCCUGCUGCAGCAAAGCAAACAGGGCGUUGUUCCCGUUAAAGGGGACGCCGGGAGCCUCCCACUGCCCCCUUGCUUCGCGCGCGCGCAGCCCCGCAGCACAGCUGUCUUUGGGAACUCCAGCAACCCAGGGAACGCACCCGAGUUUGUGCCUGCCUGAGUCAACUCGAGCCCGGACAGCUAUUCCUUCGGGCCGCAGGAACUCCGCUGAGCACACCUCGCCGCCAGAAUGCUCCUCCUGCUGCUGGGAAUCAUCGUCCUCCACGUCGCUGUGCUAGUGUUGCUGUUUGUCUCCACGAUUGUCAGCCAAUGGAUCGUGGGCAAUGGACACUCAACUGAUCUGUGGCAGAACUGUAGCACUUCUUCCUCCGGAAACAUACAGCACUGUUCCUUAUCAUCGGUAAAUGAGUGGCUGCAGUCUGUCCAGGCCACCAUGAUCCUGUCCGUCAUUUUCAGCGUCCUCUCUCUGUUCCUGUUCUUCUGCCAGCUCUUCACCCUCACCAAGGGUGGCCGGUUUUACAUCACUGGAAUUUUCCAAAUCCUUGCUGGUCUAUGUGUGAUGAGCGCGGCAGCCAUCUACACAGUGCGGCAUCCUGAGUGGCAUUCCAACUCCGACUACUCCUAUGGCUUCGCCUACAUCCUGGCCUGGGUGGCCUUCCCUCUGGCCCUUCUCAGUGGUGUCAUCUACGUGAUCUUGCGGAAACGUGAAUGAGGCGCCCCGACGGUCUGUCUGAGGCUCUGAGCGUACAUAGGGAAGGGAGGAAGGAAACAAGAAAACAGGAAAAACAAAAACAAACCAACAAAAAGAGCUAGCCAAAAACCCAAACUCCAGCCAAACCAAACAGAAAGCAGUUGAGGGGGGGAUUGCUAUUGAUUGAAGAUGUAUAUAAUAUCUAUGGUUUAUAAAACCUAUUUAUAACACUUUUUACAUAUAUGUACAUAGUAUUGUUUGCUUUUUAUGUUGACCAUCAGCCUCGUGUUGAACUUUAAAGGAGUAGCUAAGGAACUUUACAUCCUAACAGUAUAAUCAAGCUCAAUAUUUUUGUUUUGUUUUUUGAUCUUUGGUUUUGCCCCCAAAUAAAAUAACUUGAUAUGGUCUCCUCCCCUUUGUUUAAAACAAGAUACCUCCCUCCCAUUCCACCUCAUAAAAAACCAAAGUGUGGGGAUAAACCCCAAGUGGCUAAAAGCCCUUGUAUUGUGGGUGACCCAGUGUAUCCAUCAGAAACAUCCACUGCCUAAACCUCUGUGGGAAGCCUUAGGCAAGCACAGAUAAAACACCCAGACUGGAGCCCUCGGCAAAAACACACUUGUGGCUUUGGAAUACUUGCCCUUGCAGGUGGAGUAUCUUGGUCACGUGUCUAAAUGAAAAAUCGGUGACAGCAAAUCUGUGAAAUGGUGCUAUGGAUUUACCAUUCCUUAUAUUAUCACUAAUCAUCUAAAUGACUCACUGGAAGUUCAAUUAACAAUUUUACAACAUAAGUAGAAUGGAGACCUAGUAAUUUUGUGUAAUAUAAAUGGUUUAUAACUGCUUUUGUACCUAGCUAGGCUGCUGUUAUUACUAUAAUGAAUAAAUCUUAAAGUCUUCAUCGCUUCCACAUUUUUCUUAUGGUCAGAGCAUUAGGACAAGUGGCUAGGCCCUUGGGACUGUGAUUUUCCAGGGCUUAGAUGGGUCUAGAAUGCUCUGUGCCUCCAAGAACUGUCUGGCAAUGACUUGUACUGGCCACCAACUGUAGAUGUAUAUAUGGUGCCCUUUUGAUGCAAAGACUCCAGACCUUCAUUUUGUGCUUUGCUUUUUCUGAUUUUAUACCAACUGUGUGGACUAAGAUGCAUUAAAAUAAACAUCAGAGUAACUCA